AUGCCGCCUCGUCGGCCAGGUGGCAAGUACAAGGGCCUCGUGCACCGCAACAAGAGUGAUGCGGCGCUGGCGAAAGAAGCCUCCGAGCGCGCAAGGAAGCAGCAGGAGGAAAUGGUGAAGAGGGCCGCUGCGCGGAAGCAGAAGGAGUUGAUGGACCGAAACGGCUUGGGCACGGAGGUUGUGGACCCGGAGGAGGAGAAGAGGCAGAGGAUCCUCAACCUGAUGAUGGGAGGCAGAAAAGGUGACAUCAUGAAGUUCUUCCAGGCUUUGGCUUCGGGUGCACGGCAGAAUGUGUGCCCUUGCAAUUGCCGCGACCCAGGCUAG